GUCGGCCGACCCUUUGAUCCCAAAGAUCGCAUUGAAGUCGCCUUUUAUUGUGUGGUUAUGUCCAUAGCUUUUGGGCGAAUUUUCACAUCAAAAGACCCUGAAUAUAGACGCCUACACGACAUAACGAACGUAUUCUUCCAAUUGGGCGAUAAGUUGGCGCUCAUUGAGUUCGUGCCCAUACUUCGUGUGCCGUUAUUUCAAUACGUGAACCGAUUUCGACAAAAUACCGAGAAUUACAAGUCGUUUAUCAGGGACAAUUUUGGUACACAUCUAGACACAUACACGCCGGGAGUGAUCCGAGACUUUUCCGACGCCCUAAUUGCCGCCAAACUCGAGACCAUUGACGGUAACCACGAGUCGGCCCAAUAUCUCACGGAUCGAAACAUAGCGCUGGCCCUGUGGGACGUGUUUGUCACCGCCACCGAUGACACCCAAUUCACCUACAAUUGGAUGAUUUUACUGCUGGCUAACUGUCCGCACAUUCAGCAAACAGUACGCCAAGAGAUAGACGACAAGAUUGGCGACAGACUCGCCAUUCAUGAAGACCUCAAUGAAUGCCAUUAUAUAAACGCUUUCAUAUCGGAGGCGUUGCGGUACCGGAACGCCAACCCGUUAGGCGUUCCUCAUAAGACACUGGAGGACACGGAUAUCGACGGCAUCUCAAUACCGGCCAACACGACGGUAGUGUGCCAUCAGUUUUCAAUACUCAAUGACCCGGACUAUUGGUCAGAGCCUCAUGUGUUCAAACCGGAGCGCUUCCUAAGCGACGGCCACUACGUGCCCACCCGUGCGCCCCAUUACGUGCCCUUCGGGGUGGGCCGUCGCAAGUGUUUGGGCGAUAGGCUGGCCAUCAAUGAGUUGUUUUUAGUUUUGGUGGCAUUCAUGCAAUCGACCCACGACUACGACAUCUCAUUAGCUACCGGCCCGGGAACUGCCGACUUACAGCCCGACCCCCAACAGGUGGUGCUGUUCUGUACCCCCAAACCGUUUGAAAUUGUGUUGAAUUAUCGCAAACAG